AUGGCGGACGCAACUACCUCCCUGGAGCAGGACGCUGCCAAUCUCCACCUCGACGAGGUCACGGGCGAAAGAGUCUCCAAGUCUGAACUGAAGAAGAGACAGAAGCAAAGACAAUUGGAAGAGAAGAAGAAGGAAAGGGCUGCGGCUGCUCCACCAAAGCCUGAGAAGAAGCCCAACAGCGCCGAAAUGGACGAAAGCAGUCUCAGCCCCAAUCAAUACUUUGAAAUCCGAAGUGGACGGAUUAACCGUCUCCGAGAAACCAAAGCUCCUAACCCCUACCCUCACAAGUUCCAAGUCAACACGGACCUGAGCAAGUUCGUCAAUGAAUAUGCCGAUCUCAAGCCCGGUGAGCAGAAGAAGGACGUCGAGAUCCGAGUCGCAGGUCGAGUUUACGUCAAGCGAGCAGCGGGCUCCAAGUUGGUUUUCUAUGAUAUAAGAGGCAGCGGCACCAAGGUUCAGAUCAUGUGCCAGGCACAGGAGGUCAAGGGAGACGUCGGAUUCGAGGCCCAACACGAGCAUCUACGCAGAGGAGACAUUGUCGGGGUUGUGGGCUACCCAGGUCGAACGGCACCCAAGAACCGACCCAAUGAAGGAGAAUUGUCCGUAUUCGCACACGAAGUCAUCCUCCUCACACCAUGUCUGCAUCAAAUCCCCUCGGAACACUUUGGUCUGCAAGACGUCGAAACCCGCUUCCGUCAGCGUUACCUCGAUCUCAUCAUGAAUGACAAGUCGCGCAAUGUCCUCCUCACCCGAGCCAAGAUCGUCUCCUAUAUCCGCCGUUACUUCGAUUCCAACGGUUUCGUCGAGGUCGAAACGCCCAUGAUGAACUCUAUUGCUGGUGGUGCCACGGCAAAGCCCUUCAUCACACACAUCAACGAAUACGAUACGGACAUGUUCAUGCGGAUCGCUCCGGAAUUGUACCUCAAGAUGCUCGUGGUAGGUGGCAUUGAGCGAGUCUACGAGCUUGGAAAGCAAUUCCGCAACGAGGGCGCCGAUCUCACACAUAAUCCCGAAUUCACGACAUGCGAGUUCUACGAAGCCUACGCUGACGUCUAUGACGUGAUGAAUCGUACGGAGGAGCUUAUAUCCGGCCUCGUGCAGGAGGUCACUGGCGGACACAAGACGACCUUCCAUACGCAACACGGCGAGACAUACGACGUCGACUGGUCACGUCCAUGGAAGCGCGUCGACAUGAUCCCAGCCCUCGAGGAAGCCACCGGCGAAAAGUUCCCACCGGGCGACCAACUCCAUACCGCAGAGGCGAAUGGGUUCUUCAAGCGCGUUUUGAAGAAGUGCAAUGUCACGUGCCCACCCCCCGAGACCAACGCCCGCAUGCUCGACAAGUUGGUCGGCGAAUUCAUUGAAGAGAAGUGCAUCAAUCCGACCUUCAUCACAGGGCACCCUCAAAUGAUGUCGCCGCUGGCCAAGUAUCACCGCUCUCUCCCGGGAAUCUGUGAACGGUUCGAGGCAUUUGUGUGCAAGAAGGAAAUAGUGAACGCGUACACCGAGUUGAACGACCCAUUCGAUCAGCGAUUACGGUUCGAAGAGCAAGCGCGCCAGAAAGCCCAAGGAGACGACGAAGCGCAAAUGAUUGACGAGAAUUUCUGCACGAGUCUCGAAUUCGGUCUCCCCCCGACGGGUGGUUGGGGUAUGGGCAUCGAUCGCAUGGCCAUGUUUUUGACGGACAACUACACUAUUCGCGAAGUGUUGGCGUUCCCGUUCAUGAAGGAGGAGAAGGUUCCCGCUGGCAAGGAAAAGGAGACGGCGGCGGAGGUCGUAGGUAUCAAGCCCUUGCCUGAGGAGGGGAUAGGUAAGUUUUACAACAUGCUUCCGAAUUCGGCCUGGACGGUUGAAUUGGAUUUGCUGACAAAGUGA